AUGGACGACGGCUCGUCAUGCCCGACCGACAGCGCCGGGCUUCUCCCGCUCAUCGCCGGCUCCCCGACGGCUGAGGGUCUCGAAGAGAAGCUGAGGCGAGUGCGCGAGGAGAACCGGCGGCUGGCCAGCACGCUCGGCGCCAUACUCGCCGGUCGCCCCGACCUGCGUGCUCUGGCGAGGGCUCCAGCGUCAGCCGUCACCACCGCUUGGGCGCCGAGCGGCUCUGCCUCCAAUGCAGCGAGGGAGGAGGCCGCCGGCGUGACGGUGGAGCCGCGGCCCAAGGUCAGGACGGUCUGCGCGCGCGCGGAGCCGGCCGACACCGACGCCAACCUUGGCGUCAAGGACGGGUACCAGUGGAGGAAGUAUGGGCAGAAGGUGACGCGCGACAACCCGCACCCCAGAUCCUACUUCCGCUGCGCAUUUGCACCAUCUUGCCCCGUGAAGAAGAAGGUGCAGAGAGACGCGGAGGACAGGUCAAAGCUAGUGGCGACCUACGAGGGCGAGCACAACCACGCUAAAUCCCCGGAGCGAGAAUUCGUCGGCAACGAGUCCACAGGGUACGCGAGGUCACAGCCGUGCUCGGUCUCCAUUAACCCGUCCGGCCGGACGAUCAGGCUAGAAGACAUGACGAACCAUGGGUCAGGAUCGAGGCUGGACCUGGAGACUAUCCAGAGGGAGGUUGUUACGCCUGAAUUUCAGAAUCUUCUGUUGGACAAGAUGGUGAAUUCUCUCAAGAAUGAUGCAGAUUUCAUGCAUGCUCUAACAAAUGCGGUGGCUGAGAGAAUACUGGAAAAUUUUCCAGCCCGGCUAAGUUAAUGUGCCCAAGUAUUUAGGUGUGGACAGAAAUGUCGACACAAUGGUGGUUUCUUAUGGUAUAAUUUGCGCGUUUGCUAUUUCUUGUCAGCUGAAACUUUGUAAGCAUCAGUCAAUUUGAGCACAGUGGAGUCAGGAGAGCCGAUCUGAUGCCGAGAUGGCCAUAGUGUCGCGGGUGCAGGCAAGGAUGAGGGUUGGCCGGUGCGGGUGGGGGCCUAUUGCAUUUUCGUCGCCGCUCGGAUUGGAUAGUCCGAUGAGCUCGAGCCAACAAUGUCGCAACAGCUAUGUUGGUGGCGAGCGCUCGGCCGCGUCACGAGCGAGGACUUGCCAGAACCUCGCCGGAGGUAGAGACGACGCGGUUUUCCGACGUAUGCUAGGUGAUUGAAUUUGUGAGUGCUGUUUGAGGUCUCAGAAGCAUAAGAUUUUUCAGCCUUGAACCAACAUAUCCUACAAUCUUGGGUCAAGGCCUUAAGCAUGUUGCAUGUUCUUAGGGAAUAAUUUGCG